AUGGAGGUGGAGGAGGAGGAAAGACGCUCUCCACACGAUCAAGGGGAAGCGUGUGUUCCCGAGAGCUUCUUUGAUCGCGUAACGCAAGGGUUACGCGGCGAUCUCGAACAUGAGCGGGACAGGCGUCUCCAACUGGCGGACACUGUCUUGAAGCAUCGAGCUGAGUUUGCCUUUGCUCAGCUUGAGAACGAGAGAGCUCUGACAUCUCUUCGUGGCGAGCUAAGGGUAGCUCGUGGGAUUGUUGAUCGGUCUCGGGAUGAGAUAGCUGCUCUUCAGACCCUUGUCGAUGCCCACCAUCGGGAGCACAAGGCUCUCUGCGGAGAUGCUUGA